GACAGUUGUUAAUAAUACUACGAGACUACAGUUAAAAUCAGUUCAAUAUACCAUAUCCUUUUAAAUGACCCCUGAUUGGGUGAGUGUAACAAAUUUCGCAAAUAUUAACACUGCAUCGAGACCACCAAUAUAUUUUUCGAAUUUAAUUUGCAUUUUUAAUGAUUAUUGUACACGUUUUACCACUCAGAUCCAGUUCAAUUUAUCCUUUACAACAAGUGAGUAAACAAAGCCAAGGUUGUCAUAUUGAUCACAAUCCUUGUUCGUGUCGUCUUGCUGAGGAUUUCAGUUUGUACUCUCCAUUUGCAGACUUCAAGUGAGACGGGUAUGCACAACAACGACACUGGAAGACUUUAAGUGGAAUAAAUCAAACGACAACACUGAAACAUGGAGUUAGAAAUAUAUCAAGUGGCAAUUUUAUUGACGACGCUGUUUAGCGGAUCUGACACGAGGCCUGCCGCCUCAAGACAAACUUCAGUGAUUCGACUGCAAUCUACAGAAAAUCAACGUAGCUUACAACUUCAAAACCUACAAGAAAACACAUCCAGACAUGCACGCCCGCCAGUGGUGGAGAACACCAUCCAUAAAUCAUCGAUCUUGAGACGAGCAGUUACACAAAAGCUAAAAAGAUCUGGAAAUUUACGUUCAGAAUUUUUCUUCUCCUCCAAAACUGGGCGCAUUUUACCGAAAAGAAAGAUAGCCACACAGAAGAAAUUGCAUUAUCUGGCUAAAUUCAAUCGGCGAAAAGCCACCGAAAAUGUGGUUCGCAAUGGAAAAUUAAGACGCCGUCGUUAUGUGCUGCAAGGUUCCAAGUGGCCUGUGGGGUCUUCAGGCAGAAUUACCUGGAAUAUCGUUCAGUGGAGCGCCAGCCUAUCUAAUAAUGACGUUGAGAGCACUCUAACGAAAGCAUUCAGGAAAUGGGCAGAAGUUUCUCCACUUGUAUUCCGAAAGCUUGAUUCAUCAGCCACUGCCGACAUAACAGUAAAGUUUGUCACAGGAUACCACGGAGACAUGAAGGCUUUUGACGGCCCGGGCGGUGUUCUAGCUCACGCUUUCUACCCCAGUAGUGGAGGAGAUAUUCACUUUGAUGAUGACGAGACGUGGACUGUCGACUCUUUACUUCCGAUUGCAGUACAUGAGAUAGGCCACAGCCUAGGACUGAAUCAUUCCGAUGUGCCUGGUUCCAUCAUGACUUCAUCUACAAGUAACUUAAACAGCAAUGCCGUACUUUCUAGGGACGACGUCGACGGUAUACGUGCGAUAUAUGGUUAUUGCAACCCUAGUGUGACUGCCAUUGAAUCCUGGAUGGGUGAUGGUAAAAGUUACAUUUUUAAAGGGGAUCGUUUCUGGCGCCUCAACGACGCCGACGCAGAGACCGAUCGUGGUUACCCCAAAACGAUAUCUUCGAAGUGGAUAAACGUGCCAGAUGACAUCGAUGAAGUUUUUCUUUGGGGUCACAACUGGAAAACCUAUUUUUUCAAAGGGCAUCUGUACUAUAAAUUUAACGAUCGACUAGGUCAGGUGGACAAUCGGAAUUAUCCCAAAAGGAUCUCCGAGGGAUGGCCUGGACUGCCGGUAGAUGGAAUUGAUGCCGGGUUCAGUUAUAGCAAUACACAAAGCUACUUUUUUAAAGGCGAUAAAGUGUACUUAUACGAUAACUUCUUGGACCAAGUCAAUCCUCAUUACCCCAGCGACGGCAAACUAAUUAGUGACGUAUGGCGCGGUCUCCCUAACAACAUCGAUAGUGCUUUCCGGUGGUAUUGGGAUGGUAUCAGCUACUUCUUCAAAGAUGAUAGUUAUUAUUGGUGGGAUGAUUCUAUACAGAGUGCACGUGGUCCUUUUCUAAUCGGGGAUACGGCAUGGAAGAACAUAUGUGACGUUUAGGUGAGGUUCUACCUCGUUUUAAUCAUAUUACGUGCGGUUACUACUUCAUUUAAUCUUAUAUAUUCUGUGGUAAACUGUCUGAAUAAUGCUGAGUUGCACGGUCUGCUGAUGAAGCUCAGGAGUACCAAAGCAGCCUUCUAACUGUUGGAUGCUAGCACUGAAUACUUUGAAAAAGCCUCUCUCAUCAAGCCAGGAGUGUAAAUGAGACCGGUGAGUUUUUGGGAAAACCCAAAGCUAGGGGAACGUCAACGACCCAACUUUUUUACUUUUCAAUCAUAAUUUUCCAGAUCAAUUACUGGUCUUUCUUUUAUUACAGCUAAGCGUAUGCUACUUCUUUCCUUUGAAUAAUAACACACAAGAUGCGUUCGACAUUGCAUGAACAUCUGAUGCUAACGAAUUCAGGAAUUCUGACAUUUUCGUUCAGGAAAACGGCUUUAUGAGGUUUAUAAGAAGUCAUACCGUCUUGUAAGUUGUUCGUCUAUUGCUGAAGGGAGAGGCUUAUACAGAGGAGUUAUGGGAUAGUAUCUCGAGGCAUACCCACACGUGACUUGAGGGUUUUCUUUGUACUGAAAAAAUCAUGUCACACAACCUGCCACAAGAAAACAUUGCAUAGCCAUUAAUUAGGAGUAAAUUAGUUAAGUGAAGUGAGGGAUGCAAAGGCAAUUUUUUCCCAGUCAUCUUCGUUUUCUAGAGGUUUUGGCAAGAACUCUCCGGACUAAUGAAAUUCGAUUUUCCUUCACAUGAAUACGCUCUACAUUUCUGUCUUAUAUGUAAAUAGUGACACUCGUUGCGAGGCAACGUAAGAAGACUUUCAUCGAGAUUUAUUUUAUAUAACAUCCUUAACAAAAUAUCUUAAUAUGAAAACAAUUGUGCCAUGGAACUCCCGAGAGGUUCAUCAGAUUACUAAGACGACGCAACAGUUUCGUUGUAAGUUGACGCUGUUUCUAAUAAGUGGCAGACCACUUCUAGAAACAAUAGGUUAUUUCAGCCAUAAGCAGCUAAAUAUUCGGAGAAACUCUCCGUCAUUCAAUUGAAUAUGCCUAAUACCUUAUUUAUCUAAACAACCGACGAACGCAGAUUCUGCGAAAAAAAAAAAUAUAAGAAUCUCAGGCUGUGGGUAUCAUGCAAUACUCAGGGUAACGAAUUAUAACUGAACAAAAUAUGUUUAUUUAAUUAGCGAAGAGUGAUUCGUUUUGCUGACAGUACUGAAUGAAGUAUGAUGCAGAGUAGUGAUGCAUUUCAAAUAACGAGUACAAUUACGCAGCAGUUGUACGAUGCAAAUUUCCAAAGCAUUGACAGUUCAGUUAACAUCGUCACAAGAACAAAGUUUAAACAAAAAUUCAAGGUAACGUCUUUUGAGGUUAACUCUUAGUGUUCUUCGACAAGAGUAAACCAUUAACAUAACGCUUCAUUUAAGUCACAUAAACAAUGUCAUUCAUAUGACUGAUCUAAGUAUUAAUUCGGAUAUGCACAUUUUAUGGCAAUGUGUUUUUUGAACCAAGAAUAAAAUCGAUCUGCGGACAGUUCAAGUAGAGAUAGCUUUAAAUGCCCAUGAAAUGUUCACAAUGCCUUUGUGAGUUCAUAUGUUUCUUUACUUUGUAGUAAAAACAACUCAAACUGUUCGUAGAUUACAGACGACAAUUGGAGUACAAACCUUUUCUAAGGUCGUUUCCUCCAGCUAUUUCAUACAUAUAUUUAACUGCUAUUUAAACACGUUAACGCUAAACCUGGGCAUUGGAAAAACAAUUUCCAUUGUUUGCAAAAGCCGACUGGACUUCUGUCGUUUACAGUUGCCAUUCAUAUAAUAAAGCGAUUAUCUUAUGAACUAUCGAUACAACUUCUAUAUUCAGUUUUUUUCUAUAGUCUGUUUACACUGUAAAUAGCUUAUUUAUGUUCCAGUAAUCACUUAUUGUAUACGCACAUGUAUUCUGAUAAUUGUACAAAUAAUUACAACUUAAAUAUAUUGUAUACAAUUAAAGGAGCUCAGUCAAGGUGCUUUGAGUUAUUUUGGCCAAGUACAAAAUUACAUUUUUAAAAAUUGAAGGAAACCUGGAGAUAGUAGUUUACUAAGAUAGAAAAACACCAAUGGAAAGAGAUAACAAUUAACUAGACAGGGACAAGGCUGGUCAAGGAUUGUGAAAGAUUGACACGGAUUACAAACGACGAACUUGAAAAAUUUAGCCUAAACUUUUCAAGGUGCGCAAACUGUGACGUAGCUCCUUUAAGGGGUGGUUUCAUUUAUGUUUACACAUUUUAUGGGCAAUGAAUUGAUGCAUUAGUAAGUGGAGAGGGACGUUUUCCGAACGAUAUCAAAAUGACUUUGGUUUUGUUAUAACCUACACGUCAAUAUAAACCUUCAAUACUGUAUCAGUAAAAUCAUGGUAACUUUUAAUCAAGUCUAAUGUUGUGUGAUUAGUACGUUUAUGAUAUUAUAAAUAAUCAUGUAAUUGCGAAUUUAUCUUUAGGCUUUAGGCUUUAAUUCACAACGUUCAUAUGGCGAUGCUAAAAUGAGGGUGGUAAAGGGUAUUUUCGUGAUUCGUGAAUGGCCUAAUGUUUUUCUCGUGAAAUGUGAAAUGGCUUCUUUUCCCGUAAAUUGUGAAAGGACCAAUUUAUUUUCCGUGAAACAUGAUCUUCACCCCCCCUUUACCACCCUCUAAAAUAUUUAAAGCGAUAUUUACCCAUCUUAGUUCUGUACAAAACAAUGUAUCUAGUUACUAUUCUUAUCCCAAAUUAAAUAUUAUGGAAAAGAAAAAGACCAAUACGUUGUCUUGUCUGAGUUAUGUACCAAUCAGUUCUUCAACACCACUUGGCAACCCUUGACCAUUUGUUUUUUGAAGUUUCGUUGUUCAAAUUUCCAUCUACCAAAAAUUCGUGGAAAAAACGCUCAUGGAAUAGACGGGAACCCUCCCUCGCGUCGAAUGCCCGAUAUGAACCUCUAAAAUUUUCGAACAAAAAGAGUAAAAGGAACCAGAAUUUCACAAGCAAAACUGUACAUUUGCCUUCAAACAUAGCACCACCAUUAAAGGCCCUUCUUUUCAAGCCAUACUAUUACAAAAGAACGGAGUUGUUUCUUGACGUCUUCAAGCUUCUUUCGUCACAUGAUUUCAAGGCAAGUUGUCCAAAUACUCACAACCACGCCCCCCUCCCUUCAAUUUGGUGUCCAAAUACAACCCCUGAUGUCAAAUUCUUACCUUUCUGGGCACACUGCAAUGGUUACACGCCCGAGUAAACCCGGGGGAUAUUACUGAGCUGUCUUGCUUUAAGGGGGAAGGAAAGUGCCUGCGCUGACCAUUUGUAACUUAUUAAAUAUUUAAAAAAGGCUGCAAGAUCUUGCUUCUCGGCGUUGUAUACCAACGCGGUUGGCCUUUGGGUUGUCACCUUACUUGUUCUUUUGCGUUGUAUACCAAAUAGUCUGCUUCUGUUUUCUCUUUGCAAUUGGUCUUUGGGUCGUCACGCUUCUUGCUUCUUGGCGUCGUAUAGCAAAUAGCCUUCUCCUGUUGCCUCUUUGCAGUUGGUCUUUUAGUUGUCACGAUACUUGUACCUUGGCGUUGUAUGUAUGGGUUAUUGACCAAGCUUGUUCGGUCAAGAUGGCUGGAUACUGGCCAAGUUGUUUUUUUG